UGUCUUGUGUCCGGCUUCUUUCUCGUUCAUCAGACACGCUCGAAAUCUUCCGAUGCUGCGACGCUCGAGAAGAACCGAGAAUUGGCGAAAGAAACUGCUUUCAAGCUACGGGCUCCGACGCAAACGACCGAAUAAACUGGUGCCGCCGGCAGGGUGAGUCCCGUAACAGUCUCGAGACGUCGACGAAGCACGCCGGCGGGCUACUCCGAUCGGCUCUGGCUUUGGUGUGGUGCGGUGCAUGGUGGCAGCAGCGGUGGUGGUCGUCGUCGCCGUCCGCUGCUAAGCUGGAAGCUUCUGCCGCCUCAGCAUUUCUCCGGCUGGUCGGAGGAGGAGGAGGAGGCGCGGCGAGCCGCGGUCGACGACCGGGUCGGCCAUGAGCACCAGUAGCGGUGGGUCUUCGGGCUUGGGCCCCCAGCCGGCUACGGUGGCCGCUGCGGGCCUUCUGGGCCUUCGCGUCGGGGUCGCCGGCAGCGCGGCGGCGGGUCUUCCCAUUGCGGAGCGGUACCAGAGGACGCCCAAGUGCGCCCGUUGUCGCAACCACGGGGUCGUGUCGGCGCUGAAGGGGCACAAGCGCUACUGCCGCUGGCGGGACUGCGCCUGUGCGAAGUGCACCCUGAUCGCCGAGAGACAGCGGGUGAUGGCGGCACAGGUGGCCCUCCGGAGACAGCAAGCGCAGGAGGAGAACGAGGCCCGCGAGCUGAGCCUGCUGUACGGGUGCCACGACGGGCUGCUGGCCAUGCACCGUGCCGGAUACACGUUCUCGGCGGCUAUGGCCCAGCUGCUGGCCAGGGACGCCGCGGCUGCGGCGGCGGCCGCCGCGGUCGCCGCCGGAGGUGGGGGCUCGCCCUCGCCGACGGCCACGACGUCGUCACCGCCGCACGGCGGUGGACGCCUGGCUGCAGCCGCGCCGCCUGCCGUUGCCGCUGCCACAGCGCCAGACUGGAAGCGAGGCGGCGGCAGCGGCGGGCCCCCGUCGGACGCCUCGUCGUCGGAGGAGCCGAGUGGGAGUAGCGGAAGUCCGGCGCCGGCAUCGUCGGCCACCGAGGACGGGGCGCGCUGCGACGACAGCGACCGGUCGCCCUCGCCCGACCAGCCGCUGGCGCUGGACACGCGCUCGUCGCAGCGCCGGUCGCCGCUGGACACGCUGGCCAGGUUGUUCCCUACCAGGCCGCAGUCGACCCUGGCCGCCGUGCUGGACCGCUGCGGGGGCGACGUUCUCCAGGCGCUCGACCACCUGUUGCUGCAGGAGCCGCCUCCGCUGGACUACCGGCGUCACCCGCCGCCUCCCCCGCCUCCCCCGGUGACGGCGGCGGCGACCAUGCUGGGAGCCGUGCCCGCCUACCCGGGCCUGUUCCCGCCGCCUCCCCCGCCGCCGCCGGCGGCCGCCGAGCACGCCAAGCGACUGGCCGGCCUCUGGUCGCCCCAGCAGCCGACCGCCGCCGAUCACCACAAGAGCGCAGCAGACUGAGCCCUCCUCCCGCCCUCACUGGGACUCCCGACUACGAAGACGGCUAUCGUUUCUUUUUUUAAUUAUUAUUACCGUCUCGAUCGGCCGCCACCGCACCGUUGCAGUAUUGCUACACCCCGCUGCCUGUGCCUCUUUGUUUCGAGAGAGAGAGAGAGAGAGAGAAAGAGAGAGAGAGAGAGAGAGAGAGAGAGAGAGAGAGAGAGAGAGAGAGAGAGAGAGAGAGAGAUGGUGUUUGGAUCCGUGGCGUUAUCUUCCACGCGUCGCCGACUUCUCUUUUUACGCGAAGUCGAGAGCACUGGCUUCACUGCGAUGCGCGACUCGCGCUGUGGUAGUAGUGGCGUCGCUCACCGAACCUCGGAACGUAUUCACGAAAUGAUCUUAACGAUAGAAUGGUUGUUUGGAAGAGCGAUUUUGCGGCAAAUCCUGAUGCUGGUCAUAUUAUCAGAGAGGGCUGCCGGGCAGUGGCAAAGAGCACUUACGAACGUUACGCAUUGUCAUUGUCAUUGCCAUUGCCAAAUGUCAUUGCUGUCAUACGGCUAUGCCUUUGUUGGGAUAGAGAACUCCACCUUGGGUAAUAUAAAAUGUGCUGCACGUCCCUCCCCCACUCACCCUUUACUAUCUUUCUCGGUUUGAGCUUUCUCGGUUUCUCGGUUUGAGCAUCGCCCAAGGCAGGUCUGGUGGCGUAUCGCAGUGAAGCCAGUGGAGACUUCGAAUGGGACCUAUGAAAGUGUCAUCAGUGCUUAUACUCGUUUAAGCUUGGGAUCGGGCUUCCUAUAGACUGUCCGUCGGCCGCACGAACUCGUCGAACUCCGGCUGCCUCCAAGGCACGAAAACAGCGCGCAGUAGGGGCACCGGAUGACGUCUUUCGCCCUCGGUCGAACCCGAGUCGAAACACAGCGAAUAAUUGGGGAGAAGCGACGGAGAACCUCGGUGGUGACGUCUUCGUCGAAGAGCCGAUCGAUUGGGGAACUGCCUAGAGGAACGAGGGGCAGUUUAAUAUAUAAUGAAAUCUUGUAGUUAUAUACACGACGGAAAGCUGGAACGGGUUUCUUGAACGGAUUUAUUAACACUCACGGCACAGCUGGAACCCUUCAGCGCGGCCGAAUUCUCCAGUCAUCAUUUUCGGGGACAUCGCGCUCAACGCGCAUUUGCUUUUGGCAGCGUCAGCGGAAUCGAAUGUGACGAAAGGAAUCGUUCUUCUCGGUACUCUGCAGGCGGCAGGCCUUUAUUUUCACGUCGUGCGGUUGUCGGGUGCAUUUAACUGAUGCCCGUUGCAACCGCGAUGUGUAUCGAUAGACCUUUUUUGCAGUCGCUAAAAAAAAAAAAGGUUAAUAUCCCCGGAAAUGAUCGACCGAGAAUGCUGCGUGCAGCAGGAUCGUGACAGAUAUAGAUAUAUAUUGUGAGUGGAAUGAGGGAUUAUUCACCGGUGCGGUGAAUCAGCGAGCGAAACCGUUGUUUUCGAAGGUGCACCGGGCGUCCAAGGAAUGGCCUCUCGCAACGCCUUCGAUGAGACCGUCUCAGUAUUGCCUCCCGUUUUCCCGCCGUGUCCUGCAGGGGCUGGGUUAUACAGGACAGUGUGUCGACCGCGGACUUGCGUUGGCUUGGGCAGCAUGCGCUGCGCAACCGUAAUAAGCAGUGCAUGGUAAACAGACUGUGAUAACAGGAUGGGGUGGUGUAACAGACAGUCGGUUGAUACAAUCCAUCACACUAGAGCAGCGGAGGCUGCUCCGGAUAAGCUACACAGGUAUUAUGGUCCCUAACCACGUAUUAGCGUCAUGAAACUUAAGGUUAGCUGCGAAGGUACAAUUGCGAAAGCUCUCUCGCUUCGCUCGUUAGCGUAAGGCGCAAUCUUUCGUUCAAGUGUGCAGCCUACGUUACGAUCUCUCCGAAAACAAAAAGCCCGCUUCUAGAGACGUCAUCUGAAGGAUGUACGGUCUAAAGGAUCAGGAAAUAGAGGCGUGUGACAACACGCUGAAAACACGCUGAAAGUGCAUCGGGAUUAAGUUAGAGGCUGCAGACGGCACUUGACACUAAACAUUCAGGUUUCAUCUCUUUAACCAUUGACACUUGUUGGUGGUAUACCUAUGUUAAUAAUUAGUCUAAAAAAACCAUUAGCACUGUCGGUGCAGCCACUGGCCCGAUAAAUUGGAGUAGAUUAGAUAAGCUUUUCGCAAUUGCAAAAGUAUUCUCCCAUUACGCCGAAGCUUCGGUGCGAAUCUAGAUUGUCCACUGUGUGUUAGGUGCUGACGCCUUAACUUCACAAUCACAGCUGUUCUGGUUACAACUCCUGACAUUUCGUUUGCUGCAAUAACCUUUUGAUACUGACUUUUCUAUUCGAUGAAAACGUCCUGUUAACCGCCAAAGUAUUUAAUAUUCAGUAUUAUCAACAGACAGACUACAGUGGUGUUCGAAUAACUAGCUUCACCUGCGCACUCGAAUGAGAAAGCACAAUGCGUACAAAGUAAGGUGAAUGUAUGCAGGACACUUCGUGGUUGUUGUUGAACGGGAAGGCCUUUUUUAUAUUCUCGUUCCUGCAUGGAAUUCGUAAAGCAAGGAAUUCGUAUUCAAAAGUAUGCACUACGUGACAGCGCAGUGCUAUCAAUCUUGCGCAGAGAACUUCUUAUCCAAAUAGAACUAAGGCUAAACUUGAACUUUCGGAGAUUCGCACCGGAACCGCGGGGGUCAUGACGUCACCAUGACGUUACGAAUUUCGCGGCACUUUUCCGCAUGCGCAGCACAAGCGUACGUAAGUGCCUAGGCUUAGUUCUUUUGUGAAAUUGCGAGCGUAGUCUGAUCAUGGACGCCGCCACAAAAAUAUCUGACGUCACGAGAACCCAGCGCGGGAUGCUCGAGACGGUGGCGCCACCUAUAUUUCAUUUUGACGUCACUUUUGGUGCACGAAGUUUUCACGGACAUAUAACGACGAAGCUUUGGCUGAAUUCCUGGAAUACGUAAUUUACGAAUACACUAUACGUUAUUUAGCUCGACUCCGCUAUGUUCGUUUAAUGCCGAUUACGUGCAUGCUGCCCACCCUCUGUUAAGGUAGGAACAGCCGUAGGCUGGGCUUCACACGCCCCGGACCGCCUUUGCUUUUGGUGCUCGAAAAAACUGUGCCUAUAUUACGGGCAGGAGACACAACAACGACUUUCGGGCCCGAGGACACGAGGCCUGCAAUAACCUUUUCCUACCCAUGUCUAGGCCUUCACAUCCGGGCUCUACGGCUGAGGUUUCAAGACGCGCAUGUUCACUGUUCAAAGCAGACGCGCACAAGAGUGCGCCUAUAGACUGGCAGCACUCAUAAUGGUGCAACAAGACACCGUCCUGCUUAUCGACAGCUUAUGAAAACUGCAGAAACAAAAUCUUGGUCCAACUGCCCCGAUGGACACACGCAUAGUUGAUAGUUAAUUAAUUGUACGGGGCGCGCCUGGCCGUGAAAGCGUUGCUGCAGGCGGUGACGGGUUGCCGAAGAGAAAUGUUGACUGAGUUGGAUGAUUACAGAACUUCGUGAGUGCGACAGGCUAACGUUCAAACCAGAGCUCUUCAGUUACACCAGUUGCUAGACUCCCUCUGGACCCGUUAUAAAAACCGGGACAACGAUUCGCUAACAGCGCGGGAGGUCUGCGACUGUCCCGACACCUGUAGACAACAAAUCUAACUACAAAAUAUUUUUGCAGUGAGCCAACGAAAUAAGAUCUCGGCUCGCACUGCAAGCGAAGUAAAAUAGCAUUGCCAAUCAGCACUGCCCCCCCCCCCCCCCCCCUUCUUUGUUUUUUGUUCAGUCUGAUUAGCUGUUUCAAAGACUGCUUAGCAGGCGAUGGGUGACUACAAUCUUCAUCUUGUCGCUCAUUCGUGGCGCGUUAGUUAACACCGCACAAAAGGACACCUGGCCAUACUGGGAGAUUGAAGUGGAACUGGAACUUCGGAAUUGGUAUGAUUGAAGGAUUCUGGUUCAAACAAUGGUGCACCGUAUUCGCGGGCGACACACUGUCCUGAUCUAGUCACCGCGUAUCGAAAGGGCUAUAACGGCAGAACCGCAGUCCGCGUAUAGCCGAACGAAACUCGUAUUACGCGAAUGACUCGCGACGAAUCUAUUGUGCAUGCCUAUACUAUAUGUGAAAUGUUGUUACAAACGAACACACACACAAACACACACGCACAUGGUGUGAUAAAGAAACACGAAUGGAACACCUAACAAAACGUGCAAAUAAAUUUCUGCUCCAACUA